AUGACUCAAUCCACCCACCGUCGUUCUCAUUCCUCCUCCCAUCCCUCCAAACCUCGCUCGCCUAAGUCCUCGCGUCCCGUCCUGCACCGCCGAGGCGCCUCCAGCGUGAACGUCUCCAUCUCCAAGCUCGGCUCCGGCUCGCACUCGACUUCCACGAGGUCAACCGACGAGACCGAUUUCGACAUGGCCAGCUUCCUCAACUUCUGCGCCAUGUGCGAAAGACAAAUCACCGUCCCGAACGACACCCUCCUUUACUGCAGUGAAAGCUGCCGCCGCAAAGACUCCUGCAAACCCCUCUCCGCCUCAAUGCCCUCCAUGACCAACAUGUCCACCGCCACAACCACACCUCCGUCCUCACCCCCUCUCUCCCCCCGAACAAUCGUCGCUCCCCUGACCCCCACCCGCCUGGGCACCUCCAGCAGGAUAUCCGCCGAACCCAGCCAAACCGGCACAGAUCUGGACCCCACCGAAUGGAAGCCGGUAAUAAACACCGCACCCACCGACGCCUGGAACUACCUCUCGCAAUUCCACGGCGGCGCCCCAAUCCACCGACGCAGCACCUCCAACCGGAGCACUUCCAGCCUGCCCGCCCUCGUCGGCGGCACUGGCAACGCCGGUGAGCGUGAGCGCGGCACCCCCUCCCUCGCCUCCUCCGUCUCCAGCAUCGCCUCAGACUACCUGGGCAUGUACGAGCGCCGCCCGCUCCCACCGCGACACAACCCGUCCUUCAGCAUCUCCAGCAGCGCCGCGAAAAAAGGGUGUGGGCCUGGUGAUGCCGCAUGUUGCGUCGACGCCGGAUAUUGUGGUUGA